GGUUGGGUGGCACAGCCGCAAAGCGGCGCUCCCGGAGCCCCCAGUCUUGGCCUUGGCGCCUCCCAGGCUGUGAGCUAAAUAAAUCUCUGUGUGUGUGAAGUUAGGCUGCCCCGGGCGCGCUGUCACUGUAAGAGAAGCCGGAGCAGGGCCGCGGCCGCAGCCCCCGCCGCCUGCGCCCUGCUGCCCUCGCCAUGCGCCUGCGGGUGGCCUGAGGAGUGAGCCCGCCCGAGAGCCCUGCCCACCCCAGCGUGGACCCGGAGACCAGAGGGCGGUGGCCCGCUGGCCGAAGCAGCGGGGUUUUCAGGCUCUCGGCUCGGCCCCCGUUCCUUGCCGGUUCAGAAAGCCGGGAGUUACCGUCGGACCCGACAUGGCACCUAAGCUCGCCCGGAGAGGACUCAAUGUGGUCCUCAUCAGCCGGAACCUGAGCAAGUUGGAGCUGGAGGCAAAGGAGAUAGAGCGGCUGCAUGGUCGGCGCACUCGAGUCAUCCAGGCUGACUUCACCGGGGGCCUGCAGAUCUACGGGGACAUCGAGGCGGAGCUGCAGGGCCUGGAGGUCGGCGUCCUGGUGAACAACGUGGCCAUGACUUACGGGGGAAAUAAGCUGAAGCGGCUGCUGGACUGCGAGAACCCGGCCAAAAGCAUGAUGGAUGUGGUGAACUGCAACAUCCUGUCCAUGGUCCAGAUGACGCGCAUUGUCCUGCCCCAGAUGGUCAGCAGGCGCAGGGGCGUCAUCGUCAACCUGUCGUCGGUGGCCAGCCUGCGGAGCGUCCCGCUCCUGGCCAUGUACGCGGCUUCCAAGGCCUUUGUGCGAAGCUUCUCCUUGGCGGUGGCCACAGAGUACCGCCCCCUGGGCAUCACCGUGCAGGCCGUGAGCCCCUGCGUGGUCUCCACAAAUAUGACCAGUCACCCCACACCCGGGCCUCUGAUCAAGCUGCCUGAGGACUUCGCCCGCGAGGCGCUCGACACGCUGGGCCUCUCCUCCGAUGUCUCGGGCUGCCUCAGCCACGCCCUGCAGACCCUGCUGAUGCCGGUGGUCCUGCCUGAGUGGCUGAUUCACACUCCGUGGGGGAGCCAGCUUUUGCUGAAGGUUACUGGCUCGUUAAUGGAUUUAAGCGAGUGAGCAGGUGCGGCGGCCUGGCCCGUGUCUCCGCACUCCAGAAGCCUGGGCCGGUGCUGGCUGGCCUCCCAGAGACGUCUCCCACGUGGGAACAGACCACCAGGCCCGUGGCACAAUCAGAGCCCAGCACGGCCUCUGGCAGAGAGGCCUGCUGGCAGCCAAGCCACUUGGAGAAAAAUUACAAUAAAUAAAUAGAUACACGCGA